AUGUAUUUAAUUAGCGCUGGAAUCGGGCGAACCGGAACGUUCAUAGCUCUGGACGUUCUGUCGAGGUACGGUGAGGAACACGACAAAAUCAACGUCAUCGAGUUCGUUAAGGCCAUGCGUAAAGACAGGAUGACCAUGAUUCAAAACGCUGAUCAGUACGUAUUCCUUUAUCACGCCCUGUAUGUGUACUUCAGAAGAAAGGCGAAUUUUAUCAGCAGAACAGAGUUUAUCGAGUUGUAUGGCGAAAUAGAAAAACCAGAAAAAAGAAGACGACUUAGGAAUGAAUUCAAUGCUGUGAUUAGUUUGAAGCCACACUACACCGCUGAUGAUUACGGAACAGGACGACGGUACAUGAAGCUCAGUUUUACUAAUUCUGUUUUACCAGUCGUUUACCAGGGCUGAAGAGUUCAUUUCUGCUCAAUUUCCGGUAUAAG